AUGGCGGAACCACCCAGCGCAGAUGAGCUGGAAGCAUACCAGAUGUUCCGUGGAGGAUGGUUUGCCAGCGAUCGCGACUACAGCAUGCAAGUCACGGCGUCUUGGCUCGUGCAAAAGAACUUUCAACCCAGGGACAAGGAUAUUGAGGAAGCCUACAUGUACGGCGUUGCUCGGGCCCUUCGUACGUUUGCCUGUGAGGUCCCGGUAGCUAUCGACUUUCUGCUCCAAACAUUCAAGAAGGCGACAGAGCAUUUCCCAACAAGUGGUCGCGAUGGGACUCAAGAGCCUAUGGGAAAAGAAUGUGCUAGGUUUCUGUUGUCGUGCGAGAUCGACAAUUGGGUAGAAUUUGACGACUAUGGUGCCCUACUCUCCUACAAUGGAUAUAACGGAGAGCUGGACCAGGCCGGCAACGCCCCUUCUCAAGAUAUUUCAAACCCGAGCUUCUCCGUUGCAGAAGUCAAUGAAAAACUUAACCAGCCCUCGAUGUUCAUGACUAUUACUCCGGAAUAUCUUGUCGACGAGAUCUUUGACGAGGAUCCAGAAGAUCCUGGUCCACUUGAGUUUGAAAGCGAGGUUAAAUUUAUCGGUGGCAGCCUUUUUCUGCGCGCAUAUGCAGGAACCUUUGAAAAGAAACUUCAGCAACAAGGGAGGUUGAAGAAGCUUGAACGCUACAAAGAGUUGUUUUCUCAGGGCCUCAUCACUGGCAACGACGUGCACAUUCCCAACACCUUCGCUGUCAAGGCGAACACCGAGCUGGUACUCCGCAACCUCCGCAACGGCCCACGAGACGAGACAAGCGAGGAGCUAUUCAAGUCCACUGAGUGGGUGAGCUUUUAG